ACGAGAAUCAUAUUAAGGACAAGCAUGACCCUAGUAUCGGGCCCAAUGAGUGUCACUUGUGCCACGUGCGAUACCGGUUUGCUGUGAACCGAAACCAACAUAUACAGGACGCCCACAGACUGCAGUUUCGAUGUCGGCGCUGCGACCGUGUCGUGCCGGGCGAACCACAUGCGGUAGAACACGCAGCGGGCCACGAUGGCGCUACUUUCAAGUGUCGACAUUGUGAGAAACGGUUUCAUAAGAAGACGACGUGCGCGACACACAUGCGGCUAGACCACCCGGCCGAGAACGCGGCCGGCGGCACUUGCGAGGUCUGCGGCGAGACAUUCAUCAGCCGGACGGGACUCAACUGUCACAAGACACGGGCUCACAACAAGCCAUACAACCGUAAGCUGCACUGCCGCAAGUGCCGCAUACAGUUUGACAGUUUGGAGGCGCUGCAACGGCACAAACUCGACAGGCCUGGCAAUAAGUGCGACCCGCAUGGCAAUGUGUGCUGCACAUGCGGAGAAUGGAGCGAAGAUGCAGAUGCUCUAGUGUUGCAUCAGCACAGGAAGCACGGGACUGCACUCUUCACCUGCGACGAGUGCAGCAAAUCGUUCCUAUCCAAAGUGUCUCUAUCCACUCACAUGGAUCGAGUGCACAGAGGCGUGCGUCCCGCUCGCCUCGCGCGCCCGGACCGCGAGCGCAACGACCCCGGCAGCCGCGCGGGAAAAGUGUGCGAGACUUGCGGCAAGAUAUUCCAGUGCCUGGCUCUACUUAAGCAACACCAGGCGCGUCACACAGGGGACAAAUCCUUCAAGUGCGAAAUCUGCCCCAAGUCUUACGCCACCGCUGCAGAACUCCGGACACACCACGUGCGCCACACUGGUGAAAAACCAUACAAGUGCGAAAGUUGCGCUAAAUGUUACGGCACCGCGGCCGCUCUCAAGGUACACGUGGAGGCAGUGCACAUACGGCUUCGAAAGUACAGAUGCGACCAGUGCCCGAAAACCUUUCUCCGCGCCACUGGACUCUAUGUGCAUAAAGUCGUACACACAGGGGAGAAACGAUUCGAGUGCGCGCUAUGCGGCGCCAAGUUCACGCAGGCGGGCUCACUCGCUACGCACCGCAAGUACGUGCACCUCAAGCUCAAGCCCCCGCCGAGGAAACGCAAUAAACCGACUAGUCAAUAAAAUUUACUCUUAGUAAAUAUCUAGUUUUAUUUCAAAAUAGUUUACCAAUAUAGCAACAAGAUUCUAAAACAAAAAUGUGUUUAUAUUUAUUUGGAGGCCUAUAAAAUGCGUCACGCAGGAGAGAAACCAUGCAAGUGAAAUCGCUGCGAAUUUUACGAAGGUGCGCUGAGUGGCAUCAAGUUCACGCAAUGUGUUGCUGUGAACAGCGCCCCCAAACGGUACCUUAAUACUUAAUACAUUACAUAUAUUUUUCUGU